UUUUCCGUCGCAAAUUGGAUUUGAUGAAACGACAUGAGUUUGUCUGGGAGCCAUACACAGCAACUGUGAUGGCAGCGUUGCCUCCAAUUUGUGUGGUUGGAGGAGUAGCCUGGUUUGCGGUGGUGCCACUGAUUUGUUUCCAUGUUGUUGAGUGGCACCAACCCGAUAGAGUUUUACGACAAUUUGGAUUGCAACAACCCAUUCCCGGGUGUCCUUCGCAACCGCAAAAUCUCCAUGGCAUAACGCUCAAAGGCAAACAAGAUGAGAAUUGGUUCCACCUGUUGGCCCCAAUCAUUGGUCAGUGGAACAAUCGAGCAGAGUUUAGGGUCGACGUUUAUCCUCGACAGGAGGGCCUACUGGGUUAUAACUCGGACUACAUGGUGUGGUAUAGGCGUAAAACAAAGAUGUUUGUCGACCCAAACAAUGCAAACACAGCUGCAUUGGGUGAAGUUGUGGAGACUUUACAAUAUAUGGUGUCACCACAAGGGAGGAACAUGUGGACGGUCGAUGAUCUUAUGUAUCAGUAUCCUUUUGCAGGUCAUCAUACUGAUACUUCUGAGACCUCACAUUCGUUCGGUGGUGUUGCGGAAACACAACCUCAUUUUUCAUGGCCCACUAUGACUCCUUCACAGCAACACGAUGCCCCCAUUGCAACACCCAACGCCCCAUUUGGUCCACAAUGGAAUGUACCCGGAGCAAUACCUGAUAUGGGCGACUUAUUAGGUGUUGAUUUGCGUCAGGAGUUUUCUGCAGAGGCUGAGCAAGCAGAAGCGGGGAGACAACGCGGCGGCAGAAGAAAUCCUGAUCGUCAAGUACCAAUGGCGAUUCCAAGCAUCAAAAGUGAAAACGCAACAAGGACUGGCGCUUCCCUGCAAGCCUCUGCAACUGCAACUGCAACUGCAACAAGGACCUAG